AUGGUAGGCCCUUCUACCCCCAUAGGGACCAUACGACGCAUCCAGGGCCUAACAGGGUUCUCUCAUGGACACUUACCUUUUGAAUAUCUAGGAUGUCUUAUUUUCCUCGGCCGUAGGUGCAUACACUAUUUUGACGCCCUAGUGGGUAAGUUGAGGAAGAAAUUAGCGGGAUGGAAGUUACAACUUCUAUCCCCUGGAGGACGGAUUCAGUUGAUACAUCAUGUCCUCAUGAGCAUGCCAUUACACCUUUUGGCAGUCCAUGAGGUACCAGACACCGUCUUACAGACUAUUAGACGAAUAUGCACGUCCUUCCUUUGGGAUGGACAACUUGAGGGACCUCGUCGCCAACGUCGAGUUUCUUGGGAGAAAGCAUGUCGACCUACGGAUGAGGAUGGCCUAGGUAUUCGGCGCCCUCAAGAUGUACUCAACAUGCUUCAAAAGAAACUCGUUUGGAGGAUGAGGACCACACCAUCGGUGCUAGGCUCUUUUGUGUCAACCAAAUAUGGUGAGUGGGCUCGACAGCCAACUGACAUCAAAGGAGUCAAACGAUGGGCAGACUGGCAGCGACAUUGGUUAGAGAUGAUGCCCCUUAUUCGUUGGCGAGUAGGGCGAGGCGCGAUCAGUGCCUGGUACGACACUUGGUUAGAGGACACACCAUUGGCCAAUUUUACCACUUUCACAUCCUCUUGGCCUCGCUUGACGGUAGCCCAACUUCUCCAAGGAGACACUCAUCUACUUAUUGAGAGGCAUGGACUACCGUCGGACUUGUUACCAGCCAUCACCAUGACUGAGACGAGUUUUACAGAGGACCAACCCAUCUGGACACUUACCGUAGAUGGUAGUUUCUCUUGUAGCUCCUCUUGGGAGCACUUUAGAAACCGCUCCCCAAAGACAUUUUGGGGAAAUCUCAUAUGGCAUCCAGCCAUCACACCUCGUGUUUCGUUCUUCCUGUGAAAGUUCAUGCACCGAGGACUACCCACCGACGAUCGAGUGAUUCUCACCGAUCAAGAGGUGGAAAGGAGAUGUCAUUGUUGCUCCAUCACGACGGACGAAAGCAUGGAACAUCUAUUUUUCUAUAGUGAUAUCGCUGUCGAGUGUUGGCGUCAACUUCUAGCAAAUUGGCUUCCAAUGCUCUCGUACAGACCUACGAGACCACCACUAUAGGUCUUUAGGAGAGUCAUUGACUCACCGACGAGUGUCAAGCUUAGUCCCUUUAUCCGUAUCUCCAUAGCAUAUAUGUUAUGGGAAAUAUGGAAGGGACGUAACUCAUCUCGAUUUACAGGCCAAGUGAUGCGUGUCACAAAGAUUAUGAGGCACAUAACACAAUGGCUUCGAAGUACUCAUUCCUUAGUGCCAAACAAAACGAAACGCUCACGUUCUAUUUGUGAAGCAUUUGGGCUUUGGGGACUCCAUAUCAUACCUACACAAACUUGGACUACUAUCUGAUCUGUUAGAUGGACACCACCGAGGGUUGGGCAGUGGAAACUCAACGUCGAUGGAGUAUCUCAAGGUAACCCUGGACCAUCUGGAGUAAGAGGUAUUUUACGUGAUAGUACAAGAUGCAUUCUCUUUGUCUUUUCGAACUUUUAUAAUAUACGAACUAAUACUGAGGCAGAGGCUAUAGUAAUACGGGAUGGUUUGCUUCUUUGUGAGGAGCAAAACAUUACUAAUAUUGUCUUAGAAUCUGAUUCCGAAGUGUUAGUGGACAUGUUACGUGCAGACUCUUGUCCUCAUUGGAGGCUCAAGAAUAUCUGGGUAGACAUCAUGCGAUGCCGAGGACGCAUCACAACCAUUACGCAUCAGUUCCGAGAAGGGAAUCAGACAGCCGACGCCCUUGCUACGCAUGGAGUCAGAUCGCGUCGGAAGACAGUCUUCUUUUUUUGGCAAGACAUGCCCAUCGCAGCCCGAGGUGCUCAUAGACUUGAGCGACUCGGCAUACCCUCUUUACGCAUACACCGCACUCCACUACCGGCCCCUCCACGGUAGUGGCAUAUUGCUUGGAGGAGAUCAAAGGUGGUUACUAUUGGCCGCUGAAGACCACAAUGGAGAUACAGGUACGUGUUUCCUUUGUUUCUAUUUUCAGGUCUAUCACAAGCCACAACCAUGACAUCAUCAUGGUGCUCAUCUUAUACCACCGAUGUGGAAUGCACUUUGCCUAUCAACACAAGACAGACAACAAGGCAUAUCGUAAUCCACUCGGGUACACUACUUCCAAUCAUUACUCUCUUUAUAAUCACCUCACAUCUAUUAUCUAUCACCCCCAAGUAGUGAGGACAUAGAACUAUCAGCACAUGUUGGCAUCUGCCCACUUUUGAACUAUAGGUCUAUAGCACAUCAGACCUGCCAAACUAGUUGUGAAUCGUCAACCUAGCACCUCUCUCAAGAUCUCAUUAGUACCAUCAGUCAGCUUGAACCUAUGAGAAGAAAAGGAUCUAUAUCCAUAGGAUUGACCCUCUCUCUUCUCUCUCUCUCUUGAUUCCCUAUUUCUUUCUCCCUCCCUUUUUCUCUUUUUCUUAAAAAAAAGACAGCCUCCUUCUUUUCCCAAAAUCACUAGCCCAUCAUAGACAAUUAGUGGAGGGUGAGGAAAAGGGCCCUCAAAAAAGCGAGCAACCUAUUUCCUUUCCCCCAAUCACUACACUCCAAAGGGAAUUACCCUUGUACACCAAAUAAUGGGCAUUAGUGGAGGGUAAAAGAAGAGGCCCUCAAAAAAAAAAAAAAAAAAAAAAGAGAAAGAAGAGAGAGAGAAUAAGAGAAAAGAAAAAGAGUUAGAAAAAGAGACCAAGUCAUUCCUCGUGGGGUGAAAAGUUUCCUUACCUACUUAGAGGAAGUAUGGCAACUGAUGGUACUAACAAGAUCUUGGCUAGAGGGAUUAGACGCGUGAAACACUAGGAAGGCAAAUUCAUAUUUGGGCUUAUUGUCAUACUCUAGCAUAGUUCUAUACUCCUCACUGUCUUAACAACUCUUUUCUCACCACUUUCUAUCAUUUUAUUUCUUUCUUAGAACUACUUAUUGCAGCAAAUUCUUGUCUUGCAGCAACAUCUCAUGGUGCACAACAUGGAGGUUUACACGUCCUACUACUGUCAACCAGAUAUUCUAACUUCAUGAACUCAAAAGCUCUUUCAGCCCAAAUGCAGAUCAACUGAUUUCUUCAAAUAUGAUGAGCGAACUGGAAUCUAUCUCUAGUAUUAUCACAUCCCCUCUAAAAAAAGAGGUCUUUCACCCUCCAUGUCAUCCUCGCCCCUUGUGCGAAUGAGAUCCCGCUUAUGUAACCUCAGAAUGAGGUCAAACUUUUAUCACUCAAUCAAAUUUCUUCAAAAAAAAAAAAAACCCUAAACCCUAAACCCUCAAAGAACGUGCCGAGAGGUACCCUUGCCACCAUGCUGAAAGGUAUAUGUGGCAUCUAUCUCGCCAUGCCAAGACGCUCCUAGCUCCGAAGAAUGUGUUGAGAGGCACCUCUGCCACGAUGUCGAGAGGCGCAAGUGGCAUCUAUCUCCAAAGAAUGUGACUAAGAGGCACCAAAGUGCUUGAGCGUGUGAAGUAUUAGGAUGGGUGACCUCAUGAGAAGUUCGGCCCAAGACAGUUAUAAAAAAAAAACCAAAAAAAAAAAAAAAAACCCUAAACCCAACCCCCCUUAGUGGGAGAGUUGCCACCGGAUCCCAUAAGAACUCCGGAGUUAAGCGUGCUCUCGAGUGGGAGCAGUCCCCGAAUGGGUGACCUUCCUAGGAAGUCCCCGGGUUUGUGUGCAUACGUUGCAAGACACUUGCUGUGCAUGUGCUGAAAGGCACCGCUGCAUGAUCGUGCUGCCCAACAUGUGUUAUGAACCCCUCCGUCACUAUGCCAAGAUAUCUUAAGCAUCGAAGAACGUGCCAAGAGGCACCCCUGCCACCGUGGCGAGAGGCAUAUAUGUGGCAUCCAUCUCACCAUGCCAAGAUGCCCCCAGCUCCAAAGAAUGUGCCUGAGAGGCACCAAAGUGCUUAGGCGUGUCAAGUAUCAAAAUGGGUGACCUCAUGAGAAGUUCAGCCCAAGACAGUUAUCAAAAAAAAAAAAACCCUAAACCCUAAACCCAAAAAAAAAAAAAAAACCCUAAACUCUAAUAACCUCCCUUAGUGGGAGAGUUGCCACCGGAUCUCAUAAGAACUUUGGAGUUAAGUGUGCUCGGGUGGGAGCAGUCCCCGAAUGAGUGACCUCUCUGGUAAGUCCCCGGGUAUGUGUGCAUGCGUUGCGAGACGCUUGCUGUGCAUGUGCUGAAAGGCACCCUUGCCACGAUGUUGCCACCGGAUCCAAAGAAUGUGACUAAGAGGCACCAAAGUGCUUGAGCGUGUGAAGUAUCAGGAUGGGUGACCUCAUGAGAAGUUCGGCCCAAGACAGUUAUAAAAAAAAAACCAAAAAAAAAAAAAAAACCCUAAACCCUAAACCCAACCCCCCUUAGUGGGAGAGUUGCCACCGGAUCCCAUAAGAACUCUGGAGUUAAGUGUGCUCGGGUGGGAGCAGUCCCCAGAUGGGUGACCUCCCUGGGAAGUCCCCGGGUUUGUGUGCAUACGUUGUGAGACGCUUGCUGUGCAUGUGUUGUCUGAGAGGCACCAAAGUGCUUCAGUGUGUGAAGUAUCAGAAUGGGUGACCUCAUGAGAAGUUCAGCCCAAGACAGUUAUCAAAAAAAAAAAAAACCCUAAACCCUAAACCAAAAAAAAAAAAAAACACAUGUUAUGAACCCUUCUGUCACCAUGCCAAGAUGCCUUAAGUAUCGAAGAAUGUGUUGAGAGGCAUAUAUGUGGCAUCCAUCUCACCAUGCCAAGAUGCCCCCAGCUCCAAAGAAUGUGUUUGAGAGGCAUCAAAGUGUUUGGGCAUGUGAAGUAUCAGAAUGGACGACCUCCUGAGAAGUUUGGCCCAAGACAAUUAUAAAAAAAAAACCAAAAAAAAAAAAAACCCUAAACCUUGAACCCAACCCCUCUUAAUGGGAGAGUUGCCACCGGAUCUCAUAAGAACUUUGGAGUUAAGCGUGCUCUGGGAGUAGUCCCCGGAUGGGUGACCUCCUUGAAAAGUCCUUAGGUUUGUGUGUAUAUAUGGGUCACAAUGCCAAGAGGUUGAGAAGCAUCAAAGUGUUUGGGCGUGUGAAGUAUGAGUGACCUCUUGAGAAGUAUCAGGAUGGGUGACCUAUUGAGAAGUUCGGCCUAAGAUGGUUAUCAAGAAAAAAAAAAAAAAAAAACCCUAAAUGGUGAGAGGCACCAAAGAACUUUUUUCUCUCUCCUCACGAUCAGCGCAAAUGGUGAGAUCUCCUUCGUGUGACCUCAGAUCGCGCUGAAACCUUUUCCAUUCGAUUCGGAAGGCCGACAGCUAUCGGUUUCAAGCUAUUACGCAUCGAAAACGCUGGAUUAAAGCCUUUGUUUCGCAAUUUCCUCAUCGCGAAGGUACACUUCCAGAGUUUUCACUCCAAAGGUAAUAUCUUUCUAUUGACUGGGUGAAAUUUAAUUAUUUUUAGUUCAAUAGAAUCGUAUUUGCCUCGUUUACCAUUUUCUCUUCUAUAUCAUUUUUAUUUGAUGCUUAGCUGAUAAGUAGCUCACAGAUUCCAUCGGGUGACCUCCGUCGCCCAGAUGAAAACUCGCCCGACGAAUGCGAGCGAACAUAAGGCCGACACGUGGCAGUAACGGCCUCCUGUCCUCGCCUUCUCUCUCCGCCGGUUGAUGUGACCGAGAAGACGGCCGUAAAUGAGCUGCAACGGUUGAACCACGGACGUCCGUGAUUCGACAUCAGCUGGCGUCUUCCCGAGGCCGGAAUCGGGGACAGCAGUCGACGCCGUCCACUCUCCCUCCGGGAACGAGGCGACGGCAGGCGAAGAGGCCCCCUCUGAUCCAACCAUUGAUCGUAUGAUCAAUGGUCAGAAUCAGCCGGCUAUAAAGGCCUCAACAGCCGUUACCGAGGCUCCGCCCUCGGACGGUCACGGCCAUAACGGCCAACUUGAUCCAACCGUUGAUCUUGAGAUCAACGGAGGGGAUCACGUGGCCAUAAAGGCGCCGCAACCUUUUGCGAUCGCCGAUGCCUCGGCUGGGACGCUACUGACGUCAUCAACGUCAGACACCGCGGACGAUGGCUCGCCAUCACGGGCCGAGCCCCGCUCAGCUGGCACCGUACAGGCGCGGCCCGUGCGAGCCUCCGGCAAGGUGGCUAGAGCUGAGCCGGCCCAGGUAG